AUGGUGUUUAGAACUAACGAAACAAAAGAAAUAAUAUGCUAUUCAGCAACCAUGAUAACAACAGAAGGGAUAUGGAAUAAUGAUGACCCUUUGAAAUAUUCUCUCCCUCUCUUCAUCCUGCAAUUAAUGUUGAUUGUCAUUGUCACCCGUUUAUUUGUCUUCAUACUCAAGCCCCUUCGCCAGCCACGCGUUAUCUCUGAAAUGUUGGGAGGCAUAUUAUUGGGUCCUACGUUUCUUGGGAAAAACACAGUAUUUUUUGAUGCAGUUUUUCCUUCAAGAAGUAGGAUGUUGAUUGAAACAAUGUCAAACGUUGGUAUCCUAUACUUUAUGUUCUUGGUGGGAGUGGGGAUGGACGCAUCAGCAUUAAGAAACAUAGGUAGAAAAGCAGUGGCCAUAGCAAUUCUUGGCAUGAUCUUGCCUUUCUCAUUAGGAGCUUUAUUUGCCUCCUUUCUUAUCAGACUCAGCGAAGAAGAUAGCAGAAGUGGCGCCUACAUCAUAUUCCUUGGUGCUAUUCUCUCUGUUGCGUCAUUUCCCGUUCUUGCCAGAAUCCUCGCCGAGCUCAAAUUCAUCAACACAGAGUUAGGAAGGGUUGCUCUUUCAUCUGCGCUCGUUAAUGAUAUUAUUUCUUGGAUGCUCUUGAUUGCGUCCAUUACUAUGGUAGAGAAUGAGAAGCCUUCUCUGUCUAUCUUGAUGGUUUUCGGUUCAUGUGCAGCGUUUAUUGCUUUUAAUAUUUUUGCUGUGAGACCUCUGAUCUUGUUGAUAAUAAGGAAAACCCCGGAGGGUGAAGCAUUCAGUGAUUUCUAUAUUUGCCUGAUACUAUCAGGUGUCAUGAUCUCAGGUCUGAUCACAGAUGCUAUUGGGACACAUGCUAUCUUUGGAGCAUAUAUUUUUGGUUUGACAAUCCCAAAUGGACCACUCGGACUCACUCUUGUGGAAAGGCUCGAGGACUUCAUCUCAUUACUUUUGCUCCCUCUAUUUUUCGCCACUACUGGCCUCAGGACUGAUCUUGGACUCCUCAGAGGGUUCUACUCAUGGGCUAUUUUGAUCAGUCUUAUUGCUUUGUCUUGCAUUGCCAAAAUCGUUGGAACUAUGGUCGCUGCAGUCUAUUAUCAAAUGUCAAUUCGUGAAGGAGCAGUCCUUGGCUUGCUCAUGAACACAAAAGGCGUUAUUGAAGUUAUUGUGCUUAACAUUGGCAAGGAUCAGAAGGUUUUGACUGACGAAUCAUUUGCAUCGAUGGUGAUUAUAACCUUACUAAUGACUGGUAUAAUUGUACCUGGGAUAUCAGCUAUAUACAAAACAUCAAAGGGGAUCAUACCUUACAAAAGAAGAAAUAUUCAAAUGUCUCAAACAGACACAGAGUUCAGAGUCCUGGUGUGCAUCCACAGCCCUCGAAAUGUGCCAACAAUGAUUAACCUCCUUGACGCCUCUAACCCAACAAAGAACUCUCCAAUAUGCAUUUACGUGCUCCAUUUGACCGAACUCGCCGGCCAUGCAUCUGCAUUACUCGUUGUUCACAAUCAAUACGGGAAGAAAUCAGAUCAAAUUGGCAAUGGAGGCUACAACAGAACUCAAGCUCAAUCUGACCACAUAAUCAACGCCUUUGAAAACUAUGUGCAACAAGCUUCACACAUCUCAGUGCAGCCCAUGUCAGUAGUCUCCCCUUACUCCACCAUGCAUGAGGACAUAUGCAAUGUGGCUCAGGACAAGCGUGUGGCCUUCAUAGUCGUCCCUUUCCACAAACAACAAAUGGUUGAUGGCGGAAUGCAGGAUAUGAACACGUCGUUUCGCACCGUGAACCGAAAUGUUCUGACCAAAGCGCCUUGCUCGGUUGGGAUCCUUGUGGAUAGAGGCUUCAAUUUCUGCAACCAUUUGGCUCCAGAUCAAAAGGCUCACCAUGUGGCAGUGUUGUUCUUUGGAGGGCCUGACGAUAGAGAAUCCUUGAGCUAUGGAUGGAGGAUGUCAGAACAUCAAUCCAUAAACCUCACUGUGAUGCGUUUUGUUCAUGAAGAAGAAGUGAUGCAUUGUCAUAGUCAUAGUGGCGGCGACCGUGAUGAUGAACCAAGUGUACUAACAGUGAAAACGGAUAAGGACACUCAGAAGCAAAUUGAUGAGAAGUUUAUACAUUGGUUUAUGACAAGUCAUGCAGAUGAUGGUGGUUCAGUUGUUUAUGUUGAGAAAAGGGUCAACAAUGGGGAGCAGACAGUGGCAGCAAUAAGGUCAAUGGAUGAUGUGCAUGGCCUUUUCAUAGUUGGGAGAAGCUAUGGAAUUAGUUCACCACUCACAGCAGGAUUCACUGAUUGGAGUGAGUAUCCAGAGUUAGGGGCAAUUGGGGACUUGUUAGCUUCAUCAGAUUUUGCAGCCACUGCUUCAGUGUUGAUAGUGCAACAAUACGUUGGGGAAGGGAUAGAAGGAGAUCAUGGUGGCUUGGGAACGUCUACAAACGUCAUGAUGACAAACGAAGAAUAUGUCACACAAAAUAAAGGAUAUCGUUCAACACCUCCAAGGUGAUCACACAAUUUGUUCAAUGAAGAACAACCUUGGUGAUCGAGUAAGCUAUGUAUAUCUAUCUUUGUGCCUAGUGAUCCAAGUCCUA